UCGGCCACGCAAACUGUGUGCAGAUUCUCCAGGCUUCUUCGCGACGUUAGCCAGAGAAGAAACUUCAGUUCUGCUCAGGAGGAGGGGUUUUAACUUUUUUUAACUCCAGCAGGACGAAGCGAGUGCCGAGCAGUAGCGGGACUGUCAAAAAAAAAAAAAAAAAAAAAAAAAAAAAGGGAGGAGGACUGUGACCUGCGACUGUUCAGGAGGGCGGGAUCGAACCAUCAAAGCCAUCAUGGACACAAGGGUGUCUUUGCUGAGGGGCAAAGGGAGAGGGGAGGGACAGGAUGGGAGAGACUCUGAGGAGGGUAACGUUGGGAGAGGAAGGGGUGAGGAGUGGUUGUUGCCCGCUCGGCGUGUGUUUUGCGUGGGCGCCUUGGGUUUUGCGACGCUGGCGGCCAUUUUGGCAAUGGGUGUGUACUGGAAGGGCUACGCCGCGGGAGUUCGAGUCCAACAGCAGUCAGCUGAAAUGCGCGCAAGACUUAGCGAUGAUGAUCGGACAAGCUCUGCUGUUGUCGAAAACGGAGACCUGCUGGGCAAGGGAGAUGCAAAGCCUGUGGGGCACUUUCCGUGGCCCCACCCUCGCCGCAAACCUACAGUCCUGUUGAUCUCUGCUGACGGCUUUCGAUGGGACUAUGUCAAGAAGGUGCCCACUCCGAACAUCCACCGGCUGAUCAACGAGGGCACGUCGGCCGACGGAGGGAUCAUUCCCGUCUUCCCGAGCGUCACAUUCCCCAAUCAUUACUCCAUCGUGACCGGGCUUUACCCCCAGCAUCACGGCAUCAUUAAUCAGAAGUUCGUGGACCCGGACACCGGGAAAAAGUUUAGGCCCGGGGUUGUCGAUCCAAGCUUUUGGGUCGGCGAGCCUAUCUGGGAGACGGCCACCCGUCAGGGCAUCCGAGCGGCCACCUACUACUGGCCGGGAGCUGACGUCACCAGAAAACACUGGCAGUGCGGGAACGCCUACUGCCAUUUCUUCAACUACUCGACGCCCUUGGAAGAACGAGUGGACACCACUCUUGCGUACUUCGACAUGCCGGAGUCGGAGCGCCCACAGCUCAUCAACCUCUACUUGGGCGAGCCGGACGCGGCAGGUCAUCAGUGGGGAUCGGAUGCGCCGCAGGUGAAUGAGAAGAUCGCACUCGUUGACCAAAUGAUCGGACGGUUGCUGGCCGGGCUGGAGCAGCGUCGAGUUCUCGACGACACUCACGUCAUCAUGCUCGCCGACCAUGGGAUGCUCACCGUCUGCGGCAAGAAGAGCGUGUACCUGGCCGACUUGUCGCCGCGCUUCAAGGACCCCGAGACCCAGUCGUGGAUGGACACGAUGACUCCGCUUCUGGCCCUCCGCCCGCCGCCGGAGGUUGACGUCAACGCCCUGUUGGAGGAGAUGAAGAGCAAUCUCCCCACGGCGGAAAACGGCGAGCUGCUGCAACUCUUUCUGAGAGAGAACACACCCCCUCGACUGCACUACAGCAACAACAGCAGGAUCGCCCCGCUGCUAGGACUCAUUGCGGAAGGCUUUGGCAUUCGAAUUGAACGCGGGGACGAACACGUCUAUCUAGGGCAGCAUGGCUUCGACAACAAUGUGUCCGCAAUGAGAGCCUUCUUCGCUGCCAGGGGUCCACGAUUCGCCCCGGGCAGACGGGUGCCCUCCUUCAGGAACCUCGAGGUUUACAACAUCGUCUGCAACAUUUUGGGAAUGAGGCCCAACCCUAACAACGGAUCGUGGGCAUUCGCUAACAAUUUCUUGCUCUGGCCCCAUUCGCAAGAUUCUGAAGCAUCAUUGGUUCCUGAGAAUUCUUAGGUUAUCUAACUCAAAUGAGUCAAAUCCAAAUUCAAAUCACUAAACAACCACACACUGGCUUGUGUCUCGUAGCUGUCUGAGAGAGAGAAGGAAGAAGGAGGAGGAGGAGGAGGAGGAAGAGGAGGAGGAGGAGGAGUUGAGUAACUUGGGUUCUUUGAUAUGGAGAGGUGUCCUGAAAGAGUGUGAUGGUACAUUUGAACUAGUAAGAGAUCUGAGAUCAACCCCUGUCUGAAGAGAUGCUUCAUCUCCCUGCUCUUCCUGUUUCGUGUUCCGUCGUCCUGCAGUCGCUGAGCAGACUACCUCCAUCCCCCGAACAGAUCGUACACUGUCAGUCAUUAUCCGUGUAUCUAGACUGACAAUUUACACAAAUACGGCUAUAAUGACCAGGUGCUUUAUCACGGUGAUGACGGUUAUAGCAUUUGAUACC